ACAAUCAAUGAUGGUAGGAAGAAAGAUGUGCAGCUUUUCGUGACUGACGCUUACCAUGUCGCAUCUGCGAAUGACACCAGCUUUCAGCAUAGGGAAGUGUAUAUUUGUAUGAUGCAUCAUUUUUUGAUUUGCAACGUUACAGUUUAAAUUAUAUUGUCACAGUUAGAAUCAUUUGCUGUGAUUUGACGAUAGCAGCAUUGAAAAUCUGGCUCUCCAUCGCUGCACCCUUAGCGGAAGUGACGAUGCCCUUGGGAAAGUAGCACCACUUUUUUUUUUUUUUUUUUUUUUUUUUUUUUUUUUAGCCUAAAUCCAGGACAGUUGUCACAUUGUUAUAAAUAAUGAUGACAUUAAAAAGAAUUAGCGCUUUUGUAUCGGUUUUUACUUGUUCAAAUACUAUCCGGAAGCUGUCGAUAUUGACGUAUCGUUUCCGGAUUGGUGGUACUGUUGUUGCCCGCCAAACUUUGACAAACGACAGCUGCUUGGUCUUCUCGCAUCCCUACUCGCGGUCAUUCCAAAAUACUUUAGGGUUAUCGAUCAGUAAGAAAAACAUGUCUUUAACCCCGAAGAGGCCGCGCUCUGACCCUCUCAACGACUCCACGGAGACGAGGAUUAAGAGGAUUUCCAUUGAGGGGAACAUUGCGGCGGGAAAGUCGACGUUCGUCCGCCUACUGGAGCAGGAGUGUUCCGACUGGGAAGUAGUACCAGAACCCAUCGCUAGGUGGUGCAACGUGAAAACCAACAGCGGCGACUUCGAGGAGCUGACGACGUCGCAGCGCAGCGGUGGAAACGUGCUGAAGAUGAUGUACGACAAGCCCGAGCGUUGGGCAUACACCUUCCAGAGUUACGCCUGCAUUAGCCGCGUGCGCGCCCAGAUGAACUCGGCCAACGGGAAGCUGAGAGAGGCAGAGAACCCCGUGCAGUUCUUUGAGCGCUCCAUCUACAGUGACCGGUACAUCUUCGCCGCCAAUCUCUACGAGAACGAGUGCAUGAACGACACAGAGUGGUCCGUCUACCAGGACUGGCACAGCUGGCUGCACGGUCAGUUUGGCCGCCACAUCAAGCUGGACGGGAUCAUCUACCUGAGGGUCCCGCCAGAGAAGUGCAUGGAGAGACUGCACUUGCGAGGGCGUGCAGAAGAACAGGAAAUCCCUUUAGAGUAUCUGGAGAAGCUCCAUGUCAAGCAUGAGAGCUGGUUGCAGCACAAGACCAUGACUACGGACUUUGAGUACCUGGCGGACGUGCCGGUGCUGACGCUGGACGCCGCAGAAGAGUUCAAAGGCAGCAAAAACAAGUGCGCCCAUAUGAUGGAGAAGGUCAAAGAGUUCGUUAGUACUUUGUGAGGGACGGCCGGCAAAUGAGGCAAGGGGGAAAAGCACUUAUUUUUUUUUUUGUAAGGUUUUUUUUUUUUCUCUUUUUAUCAACAAGAUAUUUGUAUUUAUAACUUUGUUGUGUGUGGUUUACAGACUAAAAUA